AUGCCGCUGCCUCCUCAUAAGCUGACAAUCAGAGGCGGUUGCAACUGCGGCGCUAUCAAGUAUGAAAUUUCCAUCCCUGAAAUCGCCCAACGCCCUCUUCAUCCAUCUUCCUCGGCGACAGAUAUUUUAUGCCUACCAUUCAUCGCCACAGAUCACUGCAACGACUGUCGCAGCGCCUUAGGCACUAUCUUGCCAAUGUGGAUAUGCUCACCUAUCUCAAUGAUAAAAGCCUCUGUUGUCCUGCGAUCCAAAGCCUCCCUACCCUCAGAAGCUUCAAAACGCAAAAACGAAAUCGAUGAGCCUAGAACACCAUAUCUCCCAGCUCACAACAUCUUUACACCUGGUUCUAUCAGCGAAGACUCAUUCCUAAUGUUCUUUGAGUCUUCAGAGAAUCGGCGCAGAUCAUUUUGCGGUCGUUGUGGGACUAAUAUUUCAUAUGCUGCGUUGCCUAUGCCUGAGGGCUGGCCUGAUAUGCUGGAUAUUGUGCUAGGGACUGUGGAUCGUGAGGAUCUGAGUGGGGAGGCUUUGAAGCCUGAGAGGCAGCUUUGGUGGGAUUGUGGAAUUGAAUGGAUCAAAGAUAUGAGUGUUCAGGGGGUUGGGGAGGUUCCGAGACAUCCUGAUUAUAAGGUUGAUGUCGUUGAUGAGGGUAAAUGA